AUGGGGACACGCUGGUGCAUCACCUUCGCUUGUUUGGUUUGUGUGGGAUGGGUCAGUGUGCAUAGUGCUGUGAUUUUGCCGAAAAUCCCGGAUGUCUUGAAUCCACCCGUACCGGAUGGUAUAGAUAUUGUGCAACAGUCUGCCUUUCUCGAGAGCACCGACCAGGACCCGGAAGUAACGCCGGGGCUAUUCCAGGGUGACAUGGCAAUGGAUAACCGUCUGUACCGUUACUGGCGCGUAGGGCUGAACUGGGACGUAUUUCCGGAACGCGUCUGGCCGAACGGUACGGUGCCGUACGCGAUCAGCCCGCUGUACGAUGUGGAUGAUCAGGUGACGAUACUGCAGGCAAUACGCACAUUGAACUUUAUGACAUGCGUUAACUUCGUGCCGUGGAAUGGGAAAGACAAAGACUUUCUACUGAUCUGGCCGAUCAAGUACCCGAAGGGUUGCUGGAGCUAUGUGGGCAAGAUCGGCGGUACGCAGAUUGUGUCACUACAGCCGCCGGACGAUCGCAGCCCGAACUGUCUGGGUAAUGAGGGGCGGGCCAUACACGAGCUGAUGCACGCACUCGGCCUAUUCCACGAGCAGUCACGUGCCGAUCGGGAUCGGUUUGUGAAAAUCAUCUGGGACAACAUAAUACCCGCGUUCAAGUCAAAUUUUGAGAAACAAUCGUUGAAAAACACCACGUACAGCUUCGAGUACGAUUAUAACAGCAUUAUGCAUUAUGGGAAAAAUUAUUUCAGCAUUGGCAAGGGCAAACCUACGAUCGAAACAAAGAUGCCGGGCAUCAAGCUUGGCCAGCGACAGGCUCUCAGCAAGACGGAUUGCUUGAAGAUCAACGAUCUCUACCGGUGCUUGGAUAAUCCCAAAAUUAGCAAAAAGUACUACAACCUAUGUAAGACCCUCGGCAUCUAA